CGCGUACACCUGGGCUUUGUCCGGAUUCAUCUUUGUACAAUUGCACAUUGCAGUUGCACUUGCUUCAGAAGGAUAAUCUACUGUAACACUGCAGCCAACUCAACACUAUGUCGGCCACAGCUAUAUCUACAGCCCGUGCUGCAUCACUUCUUCGUGAAUUCGGCAGCUGUGAGCUCGCAGAUGCGCUCACAAAGUUAUCCAUCCCAGCACACAUCCCCAACGUUGUCCUUCGUUCGCCAGAUCCUUCCUCCUCAUCUUUCUCUUCAACUCGCAUCUGCGGUCCCGCACAUACAGUAGAGUUUGUUCCUGCAACAGAUACCGUCUCACCUCGGCUUCCUUCCUCCAUUCCCCACCACGUUGAUGUCGCACCGAAAGAUUCCGUUAUUGUUAUCAAGGCUCCGCUAACCACACCUAAUGCCGUAUGGGGAGGGUUAAUGUCUGCUAGGGCGUCCCAGUUGGGUUGCGUGGGGGUAGUUGUGGAGGGUCGCAUUCGGGAUUUGAGAGAACAUUGGGGCUUGAAUUUUCCCGUCUUCUCCUCGGGCACAUCGACCUUGGGUGCAUCACCUUACGUGCGUGUUACCAGUGUAGGUGAGCCAAUAACAUUAGGAACAGAGUGUGGAUGGCCCGUAGUGGUGCGUAAUGGCGACAUGAUUGUUGCGGAUAUUGAUGGGGUUGUACGAGUCCCGUUGGAUCGUGUAGAGGAGGUCGUUCAAGUCGCGCAGAAAGGGGUAGAGACUGAUGCAAAGUGUAUGAAGGAUCUGCUGAAUGGGAGGAGCAUUGUAGAUGCAUUUGCGGAACAUCGCGGAAAGAAAAAAGCAACAUCCUAGGAACGAAACCCAAAUUGUAGACGAUUAGAGCGAUGUGAGAUGUCAAUUGAUUACCCAUUUUAUUAGAGAGCUUCAAAGGCGUACAUAGAAACCGUACGAGACAACAGAAGGUGCUUUAAGUUUACAAUGAGACGAUCAACAUUGCGACAGGACGAAGGUCCAUUUAUUAUCAAUAUAUUGACCUAUUUGGGAAGUGUAUAGGCUGGUAUUUGACCGUCCACCUUUUGCUUUUGUUUAUUUACAAUUCUAUCCUGGU